AAAAUGUCUCUUCGCUUUAUCGGGCAACACGAUUUUACUAGUAAGGGAAAAUUUGUUUGGGAAAUACUUUCACAGAAUUAUUGUUGGAAUACAAAAUGGCCUUUAGAAUCGUCCUAUAUUAAAAUUAUUGCAGCCCGUCCAAAAAUGGAUCGCUGGCUUCAACAAGGCGUUCUAUGGGGAGAAUGGACAUUUCGUGGCAUUCCGUUAGGUGUUUACAAAUUUGGAAACGAAUUAAAUCGUUCACAAUGGAUUCUUGUUCACAAACACGAAGAAAAGAAAUUGAUUGAAAAUGAGAAUAAAAUGCCUAAAAUUCGCCUUCCAUCUUCAUUUCCAAUUCCUCCUUUGCAGAGGCUUUUGGCGAAUAAAUUGUCCAAAAAACUGGAGAUACUCAACAAAACUACUCAUACUCCUCAAGAACGUGCACUUUUAGAUUUAUCUGUUGAUCCAGAAUUUGAACAUUUAUUUUCUUUGUUUGAAAGAUUUGAACCAAUUAAAGAAUCAAGGUAA